AUGGCCGAUGCGGCAGUCUUGGAGCAGUUGGCCUCGCAGCUCGAGUGCGAGCACUCCCUGAAGGACCUCCAUGGAAGCCCCAGGAUUGUGGCUGCUCCACGCAGCGUCUCGGAUGUGGCCUCCUGUGUGCGAGCUGCCGGCAGCCUAGGUUGCUCUGUGAGCGUCGUGGGUGGGAACCAUUCGGGUUACGGCGGGUUGGGCGAUCUGGUGCUGGAGAUGGAGCACCACUUCAAUGCGAUUGUUGCAGACAGCGCCGCCGGCCGUGUCCGGACUGAGGCUGGUGUCAAGCUGAAGUCCCUUGCUGCCAAGGCUGCUGAAGCCGAACUUGCUGUUCCUCUGGGCACUGCACCAACAGUGGGCGUUGGCCUCAUUCUUCAAGGCGGUGUGGGGCACUCCACGAGGCGACUGGGCUUGGCACUUGAUGCCAUCCACUCUCUCCAGCUAGUCACGGCUGCAGGUGACGUGCUAUCAUUGGGCUGUGACUCCAGCGAUGAGGAGCAUAAGGACCUGUUCUGGGCUUUGUGUGGCUGCGGCCCCAACUUUGGAGUCGUGACUUCCUUCGAGCUCAACGCCUCCAAGCUCCAAAGUUGUCGACAAACGAGGCAAGUCUUCCACGUGCCUUCUGACCGCACGGCUUGUGAGGUCGCGCCGGCUGUGCGCGCGUACAUGCUCCGAUCUCAGUCCCUGCCGAGGGACUGCUGCUCGGACUGCUGCCUCUACAUGGCCGAUGACCCAGCGGAGCCUGGGAUGCGAGUGGGCAUCUACGACUUCAACUUCGGAUGUGAUGUUCCCCCGGUCGAUGCGGCAGGCGCCAAAUUGGUAGUAGAGCAGGUGGAUCAUGGGCUUGGUCCAAUCCAGCUCAUGGAGACGGAGCCCUACUUGUGUGAGCAACCUUUCGGCGUGGCGCACCGGGGCUUUGGGUCCAGCAGGCGCUUCUUUACCCGGGCACUGUUUUUCGCUCGAGAUGCCGAGAUUGGUGAGAUGCUGGUGGAGAGCUUGUCGAAGGCCCCAUCUCGGCACUGCUACUUCCACUUCCAGCACAUGGGCGGUGCCGUGGCGGACGGUAGCACUGGGAGCAGUGCAUUUCUUGCGCGGGAUGCAGAGUGGUCGCUCGUGAUCACGGGGUCAUGGGCCGAGGAUGAGGGUGACUGCACCCCAUGGGUCAGAGACGUGGUGAAGCUCCUGCUGCCUCUUGCGUUGGGAUGCUACGCCACCGACCUCGGAGCACAAGAUGUAGAAAUGGCAGGUCAGACUUUCGGCCGUAAUGCUGAGCGCUUGCUGGCUUUGAAGCAGAAGUGGGAUCCCAACAACAUGUUCAGACACGGUUUUCCGCUAUCCCAGUUGGGGAAGGCUGCAUGA